CUCUAGAACCAGAAGUAGCUGCCAUAUAUGCUCAGUAUUACUCAUCAGUUGUUGGUCCUCCUCCACAAAGAUAUAUGGUGGUUGAUAUAGGAGGAGGUACAGUUGAUAUUACUGUACAUGAUAAUAGUAGUGGGCAAGUUAGUGUAAUAUUACCACCAAUGGGUAACACCUGGGGAGGAACAACUAUCAAUGAAGCUUUAUCUAUGCUGCUACAAGAUAUUGUGGGUGACAAGCAAUAUUUAAAGUUUUUGAGACAGGAAAAAGAAGUGGCACAUAUCGCCAUCACUCAGCUUUGCUAUCAAGAAUUUGAAGGUGAAAAGAUAAGAUUUGGGGAAAAGUAUACCAAGACGUCUGCAUCAUCAAGAGAAAUAGUCAUCACAUUGCCACAGGCCUUCAGAAAUUUCUAUUCUCCAGCAGUGCUACAUGAAGGAGCAAGGGAAGAAGAUGUAGAAUUUAGUGAAAGUGAUGGCACGCUACGAAUGAGCUAUAGUCUAGUUGAAAAGAAAAUAUUCCAGUUCACUGUCGAUGGCAUCCUUGAUUGUGUGAAAGCAGCAUUUAAACAACUGGAUGAUAAAAUCAACACAGUUUAUUUAGUCGGAGGGUUUGGAGGUUGCAAGUUUGUUCGUCGGAAGAUUGAGGAAGCUAUCGGUGAGUAUCAUGGAGCUCUUUACGAUAAUACAGUGUGUCCUCAACAAUCAGAUCUUGCUGUUGUACAUGGAGCAGUGAUGUGGAGGAAAGAUCCUAGCAUCAUUCAAUCACGUGCUGCUGAUGCUGCCUAUGGGAUAGGUACUGGUCCUGUUUUUAACUCAUUAGUCCAUGAUGAGCAUUACAAGUUUGUAGAUGAAGAUGGCAUACAACGUUGUGAUAAUGUAUUUGAGGUAUUUGUACUUAAAGGAGAAGUGGUCAAGGAUGAAGAAUACAAAACCACUGGGAUACCUCUUCAUCAAAGAAGCACGCAAGAAUAUAUUCCUAUAUUUUCUACAACAGAUGAUGGAGUUCAAUAUACACAAGAUAAAGAAGGAAAACUAACAGUACAAAAGAUUGGUGAAUUAGUGAUUGAUAUUCCUAAUCCGGAAAAUAAACCAAGAGAAGAGAGACGAGUUGACGUUUUUAUGGAUUUCAGUGGUACAGAGAUACGAGCUAGAGCUCAAUAUCGUAUCACUGGACAAGAAGUAAAAACAGUUUGCGACUUUCUAUCAAACCAAGACUGAACGUAUGUGCAUUCAUUAUUUUUGUAUUUUUAUAGCAUAAGACAGUAGAAAUAAGGCGUGGCAAAAUUGGUGAAUGAUGGCUUCAAAUGUUUCGAAAGAACCACUUUCACGAGCGGAGAAAGUAGAGAAAGAGCCUGGUUCAGUUGUACACCAGAGAAGCAAUUACAUAGCGGCUAUUGACUUUGGAACCUCGUCUCUAUCAGUAGCGUACACCACUCCACUGGAUGGGGGCGAAACAAGAAUUCUUCAGCUCUACAAAACCUAUGAGAGAGUCCCCAACGCUAUACUGCUAAGGAUAACUGAUGAUGGAGAAUGUGCAGUUGAAGAUAUUGGGCUAGAAGCACAAAUACACUAUAGCAAACUAAAGGUUCAAAGCAGAAUGAAUCAAGUCUACUUUGAAAGAAUCAAGAAUAUAUUGUAUAGAGACAAGCAUGUAGAUCGUAAUACCGAAGUUCCUUCGUUCACUGGAGGGUCUUAUUAUCUCAUUGAAGUUAUAGCUUUUAUCAUAAAGCACCUCAAGGAGAAGCUAUUGGAUGAUCAGCUGAGGGGCCAGUACAAGGCAACUGUUUUUGAUUGGGUCAUUACUGUCCCUGCUAUAUGGAAAGCUAGAGCGAAAAGAAUGAUGAGAGAAGCUGCUUAUAUGGCUGGUCUGACUUCUGACGGUCCUGGUAUAACAAAAUUUACUCCAGUAGGAACUCAAGUACCUCGUCCAGAGGAGGUUAAUCCUGACAAGUUAUCGUUAGCUCUAGAACCAGAAGUAGCUGCCAUAUAUGCUCAGUAUUACUCAUCAGUAGUUGGUCCUCCUCCACAGAGAUAUAUGGUGGUUGAUAUAGGAGGAGGUACAGUUGAUAUUACUGUACAUGAUAAUAGUAGUGGGCAAGUAAGUGUAAUAUUACCACCAAUGGGGAACACCUGGGGAGGAACAACCAUCAAUGAAGCUUUAUCUAUGCUCCUACAAGAUAUUGUGGGCGAUGACCAGUUUUCUAAAUUUCUAAGUCAAGGAAAAGAGGCAGAGAUUGCCAUCACUCAGCUUUGCUAUCAGGAAUUUGAAGAUGAAAAGAAGAGGUUUGGGGAAAAGUAUACCAAGAUGUCUGCAUCAUCAAGAGAAAUAGUCAUCACUUUGCCACAGGCUUUCAGAAAUUUCUAUUCUCCAGCAGUGCUAGACAAAGGAGCAAAGAAAGAAGAUGUGGAAUUUAGUGAAAGUGAUGGCACGUUACGAAUGAGCUAUAGUCUAGUUGAAAAGAAAAUAUUCCAGUUCACUGUUGAUGGCAUUCUUGAUUGUGUGAGAGCAGCAUUUAAACAACUGGAUGGUAAAAUCAACACAGUUUACUUAGUCGGAGGGUUUGGAGGUUGCAAGUUUGUUCGACGGAAGAUUGAGGAAGCUAUCGGUGAGUAUCAUGGAGAUCUUUACAAUAAUACAGUGUGUCCUCAACAAUCAGAUCUUGCUGUUGUACAUGGAGCAGUAAUGUGGAGGAAAGACCCUAGCAUCAUUCAAUCACGUGCUGCUGAUGCUACCUAUGGGAUAGCUAUUGGGCCCCAGUUUGAUCAAUUUAUACAUGACAAGCAUUACAUGUAUUAUGACGUAGAGAACACAAGGCGUUGCAGGAACGUAUUUAAAGUUUUUGUCCUUAAAGGAGAAAUGGUUAGGGACGAAGUAUAUAAGACAAGCCUAAUACCAAAGACUCAAGAAAGCCUCAAAAUGUACAUCGAUAUAUACUCUACAGCAGAGAGUGGAGUCCAGUACAUAAAAGAUAAAGAGGACAAAGCAACAGUAUAUAAAGUUGGUGAAUUGGACAUUGACACUCCCAAUCCCAAUGAUGUUCCACGAAAGGAGAGAGAGGUUGAUAUCUUUAUGGAUUUCAGCGGUACGGAGAUACAAGCAAGAGCCCGGUAUCGUAUCACAGGAGAAGAAGUGAAAACUGUUUGUGACUUUCUAACAGUUCAAACUGUUUCUGAUUAAUUAAUAUUUUUUAGAUAAUAAUACUUCAUCACUGAUUUGGGAA